AUGGGGUCAUGUAUUACUAAAACUGCAAACGUUGAAGACGGUCUCCCUCCUAUCCCAUUCCCUGACUUUUCUUAUCUCAGGCGAGCCAAAAAGAGCGUCCUUACAAUCAAAAAUAAGUCAGUCCAGAAAGAGCAUGUCAGAGGUCUGGUAGAAAUAAGAAAUGAUGCUGGGAUAGGACUAACGUCAUUGCAAAAGAUAAUUCUGGUAGGCGGAACUGAUGAAUCGGCUCAGCUAACAAGCAGAGUUGUGCAGCUAGAUCCAGUAAACUCAAUUUACCACUAUAUUCAAGAUUUACCAGUUCCGGCGAAAAAAGGGUUUAUUCAGGAAUUUGAAGGCUGGCUUUAUUAUGUGGGAGGAUUGGUAAAAAAUCCAGACGUCGAGUCACCACACAAUUUUAUUCCAAGCCCACUGAUGAGGCUCAACUUAGCUUCUUCUCAUUGGGAAGUCCUAGAAACAGCCCAAGAAACAAGGGCUGAUGGAGAAAAAACAAUUAAUUACAGAAAUUUGUACCAGCCAGGUACUUUUAUUCACGGAAGCAAGAUGUAUUUGGUAGGAGGACAGGUCAUAAAUCCUGACACCAAUGAAGCUGUGCCAAAUAAGAAAAUUUAUUCAAUAGACUUAUAUUUUUCUGCUAAAUUUUUUUAAACUCCAAUAUAUAUCUAUUUCCUAUUUUUUAUGCAAAAUUAUCUACAUAUCUUCAAAUAAUCUAAAUAAUUUAUCUUUAAUUUAUUACAAUCCCCUGAUUUAAUUCUACUUGACGAAGACGUGAAGUUAAAAAUGCACGCAAAUCACCCUAUUUGUGUCCUAAACAAAAAUGACAGCGUCGUCCAAAUUUUCGGUGGCAAAACUUCUGAUAUGAGGCUAUUCCGAAACAAUUUUGAAGUAAAUUUAGACACCAAAGAAAUCAAAGAAACCCAGCCGUUUCCAUUCUUUGUAAAGGAGCACUACCCACCAAUAUACCAAAAAGAAUAUACAAUAAUAAUAUCAUUCCCUAAAAUCGCUGUACAGAGGGUAGGAUACCAUGACUGGAAAGUAUUUGACUUUAAGAGAGAAGACGAGGUUCAAAAAAACCAAGAAUACUUAAAAGCUGUAGGAAAAGGGCUAGAAGAAAGAAAAGAACCAGAAAGGCAUAAUAUCAACACAAAAAGUCCUUAA